GCCGCAAGUUGAAUUAGAGCCAUUUGGUACAGGUUCGAAACCAAUUUGAGCCGAAUUUGAGGAUGAUUUGAGCAGGCUCGGAGUAAACUCUAAGAUUGAGCAAAAUGGAGAAGAAUUUGAAAGAGAAUAACACAGUGUGGCGAAAAUGUCUCCCCUUUCUUUUUGUAUUGAUGGUGGUAAACAUGUCCAUACUGCUGGCUGUUUUCUUGACUAUGAAAUCGCAAUGGAAUGAAUGUGAUACUCUCAGGGGCGAAAUGGAUACUUUAAACAAAGACAUACAAGUGAUUAAACACCAGAUGAAGGGCUUUUCAAAUGGCUACAUCGAAGGUGGCCUCAACAAGAAAAAACAUGUCAGGCAGAUUCGGAGCAUUUUGAAAGAAGAUGGCACGACCUCUUUCCCAUCUACUGAACAAGAUUUGAAUUUGCUCCUGUAUCGUCUUCAAUUGUCAAUAGAUCUCCUUCGUGAUGGCAAGAAAAAAGCUAGUAUCGCAUGCCCAAAAACAGUGCUUUGUAGGGAAGGCAAGAGGGGCCCAAGAGGAAAGGCUGGUCCCAAAGGGGCUAAAGGUGCACGUGGAGAGCCAGGAGGUAAAGGUCCUCAGGGGAACCAAGGAGAAAAGGGAGAGCGAGGGGAAGCAGGACCAAGAGGUCCACCAGGCCUUUCUGUUGAAAAGCCACGCAUAUCUGAACACCCUAGAGAUGUAACUGUGGUAAGAGGUUUAAGUGCAACUUUCAAAUGUGAAGCAAGAGGGUAUCCCCAGCCAGAAAUCAAAUGGUACCACAAUAACGUUCUGGUAUCGAAUGACGAGAGAAAGCACCUCACAGACAAUGGAAAAGUUUUAAAGUUGAGGAUGAUCACAGUGGAUGACAAGGGUGAAGUCAAAUGUAUAGCUGUAAACAUAUUGGGAAAUGCAUCCUCCUCUGCUAACUUAAAGGUCCACGUUCCACCGAAUGUCUCUGUUAAGAGCAGAGGAAUCGUAGCAUACGAAGGCAAAAAUGUUGAAGUGACGUGUUUAGCUCUUGGAGUUCCAAAACCAACCAUUAUUUGGCGACGGCAAGGAGAAGGAAGCCUGUUGCCUCCAAGUGAGACCCUGAUGUUGAAAAAUGUGACAGCAUCAGAUAUUGGAACAUAUGAAUGCACUGCAAAAAAUGAAGCUGGCACAUCAAAAAUUGCUGUAGUACUUUUUGUUGUAGGUAUGAAAGAUAGCUGCCAAGAGUUAUUUGCAAAUGUUCCAAACUCUGGCAGUGGUGUUUACAGGCUCAAAUCAGGAAACCAUUACUGUUACAUGAAUCAGCUUGAUAAUUGUGGAGGCGGUGGAUGGACACUGGUGAUGAAAGCUGAUGGAUCAAAGAGUACAUUCCAAGCUUCUGCAGCGUACUGGACAACGGAUAAUGUUUAUCAAACCAAUGGAUUGGUCAGUUCGCCAUCUGAUGUGAUAGAGGCAAAGUUUCCAGCAUUUAAUUCACUUAAGUUUAAAAAAAUUUGCAUCGGAGUGAAGAAUGGAAAUAAAGUACAAUGGCAGCGCAUUCCGGUCGCAGGCGACUCUUUGCGGAAAAUUUUUCAGUCCGAAAGUUUUAUUCCAACAAAUAUCGGGAGAGGCAGAUGGAAGAGUCUGGUAACGAGUUCGUCAUUGCAACAUCAUUGUAAUCGAGAAGGGAUCAAUGUGAAGAAUAAUCUUGGUCAUAUGUUGGCAAGAAUUGGAAUUAUUGGUAAUAAUGAAAAUGAAUGUAACACACCUGACUCAGCACUGGGCAUUGGUUUGCAAGAAAGAAAGAUCGGAUGUGAUGGCGAACAGGGGCCAGUAUCUAGUGGAAACUUUGCAUUUUGCUUACCGGACAAUGGCGUCAAGGCCGUGCCAAGAACAACCUUCAUUCUGAUUCAGUAAUUCAGUAAAUAAAUAGUAAUUACAUAUAACUGACGAAGUUGCUAGAUGUCUUGACCCUUGAGAUAGUAGGGUUAACAUAGGAGUGUACUGUCAAGUGAGGCAAACUUGUUUGCUUCCGUCAUUUUAAAUUGUGGCGAAAGCGAGCUGCAAUAGGGUUCAGUAUGGAAAAUUGCUUGUUUUAAGGACUGAUUUUCUCGUGACAACUAUUUCAGUGCCUUUUCUGAUUCAGGUAGUUAGAGGAGAUAUGAAUCAACAACGCAUAACAGUUUUUUGGGGUUUUUAAAGAGAAUUUUAAAAAUUAUGGCUCUCUUAGUUUACGCAGUUACGGGGGGAAUAUGGCAGUUGCCUGUCGUGUUUUCAUGAGUUGAAAAAGUAUGUGCUUGCAAUUUUUAUCUUCAAUGAUGAUUAGAAAUACUUUUUGAAUUUAUUAUCUAAUGAUAGAGACCAUUUAAAUAUAUAAGUUUUGAAUUUUUCUGCCUGUCAUUUAGAACCUAAUAUGGCAUGAGUUGUCAAAUUGAAUUUGUAGAAAUGAAAUUUUAUAUGGAUU